UUGUGUCAGCACAAAGCCCACUGAUGGCUCUCCGAGCGCCGAAAGCGUGUCUUCGGGUCCAGGGGACUGACAUUGCGGACUCGGACGGAAAUCGUGUUAUUCUCAAAGGAUGUGCCACGGGCGGCCACACCAACAUGGAGAACUUCAUCACGGGCUACCCCGGCCACGAGACCGAGAUGCGGGCGGCAAUGCUGCGGGUGCUAGGCCGCGAGAAGUACGACUUCUUCUUUGACAAGUUUCUGGAGUACUUCUUCACGUCGUCAGACGCCAAGUUCCUGGCGUCACUGGGCAUCAACUGCGUCCGAAUCCCCAUCAACUACCGCUACUUCAUGGACGACCUCAACCCGUCAGUCAUCAAACCCGAGGGGUUCAAGCUCGUCGACCGCAUCGUCGACGCCUGUGCCGCCGAGGGCCUCUACACCAUCUUGGACAUGCACACCUUCCCCGGCGGGCAGAAUCAAGGCUGGCACUGCGACACCGGCAUCCACAAGGCCCUGUUUUGGGAAUUCAAGGAUCUCCAGGACCGCAUGGUCAACCUCUGGGUCGAGAUUGCAAAGCACUAUCGGGGGAAUACCUGGGUAGCAGGCUACAACCCCAUGAACGAGCCGGGCGACCCGGACCACGUCAACCUGCAGGCCUUUUACCGGCGCGUCGAGAAGGCGAUCCGCGAGGUCGACGCACACCACAUGCUCUUCCUCGACGGCAACACGUACGCCAUGGACUUUAGCGCCUUCAAAGAGGUGCUGCCAAACUGCGUCUACGCCAUCCACGACUACGCCACCAUGGGCUUCCCGGCGGGCGAGCCCUACGUCGGCUCGCCGGCGCAGAAGGAAAGGCUGCAGAAGUCGUACGAGAGAAAGGUCGAGUUCAUGAAAGCCCACGGCGUUCCGAUCUGGAACGGGGAGUUUGGGCCCGUGUACGCCAGCGCGGACUACGCGGACCACGAGAAGAUCAACGGCCAACGCUACGAUCUGCUUGGGCAGCAGUUAACCAUCUACCGGAAGGACCAGAUCAGCUGGAGCAUCUGGCUGUACAAGGACAUUGGCUUUAUGGGCAUGGUCUACGCCGACCCCGACUCGCCGUACGUGCAGCUGCUGAAGCCGUUCCUGGCCAAGAAGAAGCGGCUAGGGCUUGACAAAUGGGGACGGGAUGACGGCGCGAACCCCAAGGUGGCGAGCGUGUAUGCGCCCGUGAUACAGCACUUCCGCGACGAGAUCCCCGCCGAGUUUGUUGAUGGCCGCUAUCCGCAGGUGUGGCGCGUCGAGGGCCACAUCCACCGCGUGCUGCGCGAGACGCUAUUCAGCGAGAUCAUGUGCGGCGAGUACGCGAGCUACUUUGCCGACAAAACCCUCGAAGAGCUCGACGCGCUCGCCGCCUCGUUCAAGCUCGAGAACUGUGCCAAGCGGGACGGGCUAAACGAGAUUCUGAGGAAGGACGCGGCCGUGAAAGGGGCUUGAGGGGGGAAAGCUGAAUCAUUUUGAUAACGCCUUUUGAUUGUCCUCUAACCUAACCAACCUUGACCAAUACAUUCGUUUCGAAUCUGACGU